UUUUUUUUCUCUGACUCUUAGCUUCAUUUCCAUUUUCAUAUAUAUAAUGUUGUCAAAUUCAAAUUAAAAUAAAAUAAAAAAGUGUCACUAAUGGUCGGUCCGAUUUCUCCGGCUAACUUACUUAAGCUGACAAGUCUUUCUCCUCCUUCCUAACUUCGUCCCCCACACAAAUCUCUCUAUCUCUCUCAAGCUUUCUUUAUCGUCGUCUAUGGCGGCUAACAAAUUCGCGACUCUGAUUCAUCGGAAAACAAACCGAAUCACUUUAAUCCUCGUAUACGCUUUUCUCGAAUGGUCACUCAUUUUCUUCAUUUUGCUCAACUCUCUCUUUUCUUAUUUCAUACUCAGAUUCGCUGAUUAUUUCGGUCUUAAACGUCCUUGUCUCUUCUGCUCUAGACUCGAUCGUUUCUUCGAUGCUUCUGGUAAAUCUCCUUCUCAUCGAGAUCUUCUCUGCGAUGAUCAUGCUCUCCAAUUACAUUCAAAACCUGUUGAAGAAUCUAAUUGUGGUUUCGGAGAAUUUCACAAUGAUUUGGUUCAUCGUGGUUGUUGCGUAGAGAAGAUAAGUUCGUCACUAUGUGCUCCGAUUGAGUCUGACUUUGGGAAUUUAGAUUAUCCAAUUGGAGAUGAAGGUCAGAUUUACAAUGGUCUUAAGUUUCCUCGAUCGAUCUUCGUCUUUGAAGAAGAGAAAGUAGGAUCUGUAAAUUUGAAUGAUUCUCAGGAAGAAACAGAGGAGAAGAAAGUUCCCCAAUCUCAUGAGAAACUUGAAGAUGAUGAUGUUGAUGAGGAGUUUUCAUGCUAUGUAUCAAGCUUCGAUUGUAAGAACAAAGAAAUUGCAACAGAGAAGGAAGAAGAAAACAGAGUGGAUCUACCUAUAGAGGUGGAAACUGCAGAAUCAGCUCCGAAAAACCUCGAGUUCUAUAUUGAUGAAGAAGACUGUCAUUUGAUUCCAGUUGAAUUCUAUAAACCGAGUGAAGAAGUUCGAGAGAUUUCCGACAUUAACGGAGAUUUUAUCCUCGAUUUCGGCGUUGAGCAUGAUUUCACGGCGGCGGCGGAGACGGAGGAAAUCUCCGACUUUGCUUCGCCGGGUGAAUCGAAACCGGAGGAUGCAGAGACGAAUCUAGUUGCUUCGGAAAUGGAAAACGACGACGAAGAAACAGACGCAGAGGUUUCUAUAGGUACAGAGAUUCCUGAUCAUGAGCAAAUCGGAGAUAUUCCUUCUCACCAGCUCAUUCCUCACCACGAUGACGAUGAUCAUGAGGAGGAAACGUUGGAGUUCAAAACAGUAACGAUUGAAACCAAGAUGCCAGUCUUAAACAUCAACGAAGAGCGGAUUUUAGAAGCUCAAGGCUCGAUGGAAAGCUCGCAUAGUAGUCUACAUAACGCUAUGUUUCACUUAGAGCAAAGAGUAUCUGUUGAUGGUAUUGAAUGUCCUGAAGGAGUACUCACUGUUGAUAAGUUGAAGUUUGAGUUACAAGAAGAGAGAAAAGCACUUCACGCGUUAUACGAGGAGCUGGAGGUAGAGAGGAAUGCGUCUGCUGUUGCUGCCAGUGAAACAAUGGCGAUGAUCAAUAGGUUGCAUGAGGAGAAAGCUGCGAUGCAGAUGGAAGCGUUGCAGUAUCAGAGAAUGAUGGAGGAGCAAGCUGAGUUUGAUCAAGAAGCUUUGCAGUUGUUGAAUGAGCUUAUGGUGAAUAGAGAGAAGGAGAAUGCUGAGCUUGAGAAGGAGCUAGAGGUGUAUAGAAAGAGAAUGGAGGAGUAUGAAGCUAAAGAGAAAAUGGGGAUGUUGAGGAGGAGAUUGAGAGAUUCCUCUGUUGAUUCGUAUAGAAAUAAUGGCGAUUCUGAUGAGAAUAGCAAUGGAGAGUUACAGUUUAAGAACGUUGAAGGGGUUACGGAUUGGAAAUAUAGAGAGAAUGAGAUGGAGAAUACGCCGGUGGAUGUUGUACUUCGUCUUGAUGAGUGUUUAGAUGAUUAUGAUGGAGAGAGGCUUUCGAUUCUUGGGAGAUUGAAGUUUCUUGAAGAGAAACUCACAGAUCUUAAUAACGAAGAGGACGACGAGGAGGAGGCUAAAACGUUUGAGAGUAAUGGUAGCAUCAAUGGAAAUGAGCAUAUUCAUGGCAAAGAAACAAACGGGAAGCACAGAGUUAUCAAGUCAAAGAGAUUACUUCCCCUGUUUGAUGCGGUCGAUGGAGAGAUGGAAAACGGGUUAAGUAACGGAAACCAUCACGAAAACGGGUUUGAUGAUUCGGAGAAGGGUGAGAAUGUGACGAUAGAAGAAGAAGUGGAUGAGCUUUACGAGAGGUUAGAAGCUCUAGAGGCAGAUAGAGAGUUCUUAAGACAUUGUGUUGGUUCAUUGAAAAAAGGAGACAAAGGUGUACAUCUCCUCCAUGAGAUUCUGCAACAUCUUCGUGAUCUAAGGAAUAUCGAUCUUACUCGCGUCAGAGAAAACGGAGACAUGAGUUUAUGAGUUUGAUUUUGAGUUUUGGGUUUGAGUCCACUCUUUGCAUAGUGACACAAAGAACAAGAAAAAUCAUACAGGUAUGGAAGUGACAUGUUGCUUGUGAGGCAAGGAACAACGACAAGGUUUCAGAUGAAGAAGAAAACGUUCUCAGAAUAAAAGUAUUUUAAGUAUAUACUCUGAGGAAAAGUGUCAGAUCAGAAUGUUCGUCUUUCUUCGUUCAUUUUCAUUAUUAUAAGUUUUGUUUUUUAUAUUGAAGAUUUAUUUAGAGAGAGGGAAGUGUCAGUAUAAUUUCACUUUUAUAUUUUAUAUUUGGGAGUUGUCUUUAUGAGUGGUGGUAAUAGAAAAAGGUAGAAUGAUGAGUGUAUGUGUGUGUAGUGUAGUGUAGUUGAGUACUAGUACUUAGUAAGGUGAGCUAUUGGUAUAAAAAAAAUGCCAAAGGCAAGCUGUCAAAUUUCUUGGAUGUUUGUGGCAGAGCUGGAAUGAUUUCAGCAAAGAUGCCAACACCAAUGUACAUAUGCCUUUUUGGACUUUUUAGAACAUUUAGAAAAUUUCUGGGCGACUUUAGAAUUAUUGCUUUUAGGUGGGGUAAGUAACCUCUUCAUUUGUAAUUUUGUUUUCUUCUUUCGGUUGUAUAUGUAACUUGUAGCUAUUUACGCAUGUACUCUCGAAUUUGGUCGUAUUAAUUUGCUUUUGCGUUUUAUGACAGUUGUUUGUGUUACGAAGAAAGGAUAUGAACCUAGGUCUAGAUUCUCUUGGUUA